GAGGGGAGAGGGCAUGAGAUAAACGGUGGUAGAUUCAGAGGCAGACAUUGGAUUGGCAUGGCUGUGUGCAGCUCAGCACUACAAUCUACAUCCACGAGGCUCCUGCCUGGACAUUUGGAUUCUCUCCCACACAUCCUUGAUACGGUGUUGGACAGCGUAACGUUGAGCAGUGCUGUGUUUCUACAGCAUGCUGCAGGGCAUUGGGAGAUAGAGAGGGAAUAUUAAGGUGGGGGGAACAACCUUACCACACACUUGAGCGAUGUUCCGUGAGCUUCUCUCUCUCUCUUUUCAGACCAGCAAGCUUUUCUACACAGAGACCUGGGACUAAUGGAGGGAUGCAGCGAUGUUAAUCUUUGCUUGUCAUGCUUGAAUCACAGCUUCAUAUAUCCUUUUGUGUCAGAGACCUUAUUGUCUUUGUCUGUCACUGCCGCCAGACCAACUGUGGGGUAGUGUGGCGGACAGAGCCUCCUCCUCAACCCCCCUCUCCCUUGUCUGUGCCCCCGACUUCUCUUCACUCCCGGCUCGCUCGUGUCUAUUUACCUUUCUUAAGCUACCCUCCCCUCUCUGUUGAGCUCGAUCUUGCUGGCUCUCCUGCUACCUCCUGCUUACUAUCUCCCUCUCUGUGCUCAUUCAAAGCAGGCAGGCUGAUAUUCUAUCCAGGCUGUUUGCUACAUGAUCUCUUGGAAAACAGUUUUCGCCGCUGCUCUGUCAUCUCACAGUUUCUGAGCUCUUCCAGAUAUCUCCAUAAAGAUAGGAUGCUCCUUCAGGAGGACUGAUCCCCUUUCAUUUCCCCCUCACUCACCCCUUCCCCUCCCUUGUCCCAAUCUCCUGCCCUCUGACCCUCACCCUCGUGUUCUCAACCCCCAUCCACCCACUCCUGUUCGUCCUCACCCCAAGCCUCUUUCUCCUCUCACUCAUUUCACCCCCUUGACCAUGUUGCCAUGUGUCUGCUGGUUUCAACCUAUCCUCAUCUUGCUGUCCUCUGUCUUAUGGACCCGGGGGGAAAACUGCCCAGCAACCUGCUUGUGCCCAGAUCCUCACACUGUGGACUGCAGCGGCCGUGGGCUCACCCGUCUACCCGAUGAGAUCCCCUUGGAUGUGCGCAGGCUUUUGCUGGCUGACAACUGGAUACCCCGCAUCCCCUCGGACUUCCUGGUUCUGUACAGUGACUUGGUCUACCUGGACCUCCGGAACAACUCCCUCUCCCACAUAGAACCAGGGACCCUUAGCACCUCUUCCAGGCUGGUCUUCCUGGACCUGGGCAGCAACAAUCUGACUGAAAUCCCCAAGGGGACUUUUGGGGAGUCCCGGAGCUUGAUCAAAUUAAGACUGGGAAACAAUCCAUAUCUGAGCAUGGUGAGUGAGGAUGCUUUCCUGGGCCUCACCUCCCUGAGAGAACUCGAACUAGAGCGUAAUGCUCUGUCUACCCUAAAGGUGGGGGCACUGAGUCAGUUGCCCUCCCUGCGAGUGGUAAGACUUGAGGGCAACCCUUGGGUGUGCAACUGCAACUUUGCCAACCUGUUCGCAUGGCUGAUGGAGAACAGCCACAAGCUUCCAAAUGGGGUGCAAGGCAUGGAGUGCUCCCUCCCAAUGGACGGCAGACGUGUAUCCCUGACCCAGCUCUCCAAGGAUAGCUUUCGGGAGUGCCAGGCCACUCUGACUCUAACAGACCUGCUCAUCAUCAUUUUCUCUGGCAUCUCAGUGUCUGUGGUGGCCAUUAUGACCAGCUUCUUCCUGGCUUCAACUGUUCAUUGCUUCCAGCGCUGGAGUAAAGGCACCAAGGGGGACGAGGAGGAGAGUGAGGAGUGAGAAAGAUUUUGUGUUUUUGAAGGGCCCGUGUGGUCCUGGUACUUCAAACAAUGAGAGAACACGAUGGCAGCGUGCACCCCCAUGCUGUUUGUUCCCUGGUGAAUAUCCAGGUCUGUUUAACGGUAGGAUCUUGCCCUGGUAUGGUUGCAGUUGUUUUCUUUGCACAUGGACAUCUGAAAUAUGGUGAUAAAAGACAUUCCCAAGGAAUGAGUCCCGUUAAAGGUUAGUGAGUGCACUGCUCCACUCGUAAAAUGCUAUUAUAUUUUUGGCUGUGAGAGCCUGUGGUCAUCAGUUAUGGCUACUGGGUCAUGACUCAGUGUUAUAGGCUUACACAAAUAUAAGAAGGCCAACACAUUUGUAAUGAAAAAGAAAUAGAUUUCAAAAAAGAGCUGUUGCUGUAGUGCUGUCACGUUAGUCUUAGUAAAACCAAAAACUUAACAAAAUCUACCAAUGUUGAACAUUUAACUCUGGAAUCUGAAAUCCUGUAAAGUAACAUCAAAGUUAAUGUGACUUUUUGAAUGACUUUCUUUUGGGCUAUAUCUGAGGAAGGCAGAAUCUUUAAUGUUGAUGCUAUUGGUGGGGGGUGGGGGUGGUGGGGGAUGACAUACCCACCAGUGACCUCAGUGUUUAAUUGCCUAUGCCGUGAUAUGCUGGCAUAUCCUGCCAUUUAUAGGGUCUCUUUUGGACAGCCUCGCUCACUAACAUUAAAUAUUUGUUCACAAGAAGUUAACAAGGCAAAUACUGCUGAUUCUUCAGUGAGUGAAAUUAAACAGUGGCAGUGAGGUAAUUUCAACAAGAAGGAUUUGGGUACUGAUGUACUGCAGGCAUGAGGAGAUUCCAGUGGGUCUACACAUUCUUUCAGGAGUAUAUUCAAUAUAUAAUCACAAAUCUAUGUACAAAAGAGAACAAUGUACAGUCAAACAAACAUAGAAAUCAGCAGGAUAUACUGUAUAUCCUUUAGAUUGAUAACUGUGAACUGUGUAGAAAGAAAUUCCUAACAUAUCCACAGUAUAAUCAUGGAAAUUAUGGCAAAUACUGUAUUGAAAUAGAAUCUAUGUAGAAUUAUUGUGUCAAAUAAUGCACUUUAAUGGUGAACCUAAUUUUUGCAAAAGCCCCUAAUUACAUCAUGUAGACUGGUACUAUCUUCAUCUGCCAAAGAUUAGGUUUUAGUGGAGGAGAGACUACACAUAGGGACUUUGCUGUGGAUGGUGUGUUAUUUAGUGAGGUAGGCAUAGCUCCCAGUUAGAAGCCAAAUCACACUCUGUAUACACACGUUGUACUCAAACAGUUCUGGUCUCCAAAGAUUUACAUUUUCUUCUGGUUUGUCUGUGAGUAAACCAUGUGAUGAUAGCCUGCAUUUUAACAGAAAGAUCACUUUAGAACAACAACAAAAAAAUCUAUACAGGGGUGGCAAACAAGAGUUUAGUUUCUUAAGAUAUCUGUUGUUGUCGUUAAGAUAUCCAUCAGCUUAUCAUCCUUUAUCUGAGGAUCUAAACAUCUUUGCAGUAAAGCUCUGGAUUUGAUAUUCUGGAAAAGUCACAUAUCUAAACUCUUAUUGUAUCAACAGCAUCUGCAUUCACAGGAGUGUCAGCACAGUGCAUUCUAAAUUUAAUAAAUCAGUGCCCUAAAUAUUAUGGGUUUCUGUUUGUUAUUUGCAUUCUGUAUAUUUAAAUCCUCCAUGAGUGGGACUCAGAAUGCACAGAACUGGUCUCCCCACCUCUCCCCCUCAAAAAAACCAAAAAAAAAACAAGGUAUAUUGUAUUCCUUCUCACAUUCUUGUAAGGCAUGAAUAAUUCAGUGAAACUAAGAUAUGAAGCAGAAAGAAUGUCAAGCCUCUAAAUACAAACAAGCAGAGGCUAGAAAAAGAGCCACAAGCAAAUAGAGUCAUCAUUUUCUGUGUGGUUAACAAAAGAUGAAAAGGAAUUCCAAAUGCCUCUGUCCCUUUAGAACAAGUCAUAACCCUGAACAUGCAGCGUUCGGAAGCACAUUUUGCAGAAAUGACAAAACAUAAAUGUGGCUUUAUUUGUUUGGGGUUUUUUUUGUUGUGUAGGCAUCAAUCAAUAAAAGCACAACAAUUUCACAGGAGACUAAUAUACUUGGGUACACUCUAUAAAAGGAUGUAUCACCAUCAUGCUGUAUGUUGGUACCAGCCUGUAUUGUCACAAUGCUUUCAUUAAUGUGUUUUUUGUUACAUGUUGUGCUGAAACUGGCACGUCUUGUUAGCAGUGGGAUAUCUGUACUGUAUGGAUGUUGUGUAUUUGCCAGAAAUCAAAUGGGGGAUACUUUAAAGACACAUACCCAUUGGAAAUUAUCUACUGGCCUUUCACUAAACCCCUUCCCUCAACUGUCCAGCCAUAAUUUAGUAACUGUAACUAGGCAUGUCAGCAUGCCUGUAAAGCUUUGGAUUUCUCCAUAUGUUGUCGCAUUGUGCAUGAUCUGAGCAGUGAAUAUCUCAAGAGGUCAGAGGGUGAUGUCUUAUUUAAAAACCUAAAACUCAAGAGUAAACAUGAUUUAACACAUUGGAAUUUGUCUUUAUAUGUUCUAAUCCAAGCUGCACAUGUUAGCAUGGCUGGCUAACUGGCCUGCUUUGCUAGAUUUUUUUGCAGGGUCAUAUCUGUUCAACACAACCACGUUCACUCUUUGGCAGUCAGAAUGCUAUUAUAUCAGAUGAUCGCAACUCAGUCCUGCUUUUGGGGACAGUCAGGGAAUUCCAACCAAACUUGAGAUGGAUGCUGCUAUACUUGCCAAAAUGAUCCUUCUCCUCAAAUCCUUUUCUCUUGUAACAGUAUUGUUUGAAAAUCUGAACAGUAAUCAUAAAUGAGGUUGCAUGUCCAAGUGUGUUUUUCUACAGCAAGCAUCCAAGUAAUUCAGCUGUUUUGUUAGAAAAAAAUAGCAAGCAAAUUUUGAAAUUUGGGAAUGACUAGCUCUAAAGAGAACACAAAAUUUUGUUACUUUGAACAUGUUUUGUUUAUGCAUUCACAACUAAACAGUUCAAUAGCUGUGCUUCCAUGUUUCCAUAAUGUAUUUCUAUGCAUAUUUUUGGAUUACUGCAUUAGAAAUAGUUAAUAACAAACAAAAUUUCAUUUGAUGCUCACUUUUUUUUAAACAAGUUCCAAUGUAGCAAACAUUUAGCUCACGUAACUGGUUUGUUUUGUUUGCCUACUGAAUUUGUAGUAGGAUCGCAAUCAUGUGAUCGUCACCAGGCAGCUGACGUAGCUUUCACUUGUUGUCAUAGUUACAGUGAUGCCGUGCUGGUAUCUUGCAAUACAGAAAUUUUUAACAAAGAACCCAGAAUAUAUGCUGCAUCACUGCCAAAAUCUAAUUAUUUUUUCCUUGUGUCAUUUCUGACCUUCCCUGAUAAUUUCAUUCAAAUCCGUUAGUCCGUUUUUGAGUAAUGUUGGUAACAGACAGACAAACAGACAGACAAACAUAUGCCGAUCGUCACAUAACUCCACUGCUUUCCUUGGCAUACUAAUAAAAGCUGACAUGAAAGAAUAAUUACAACUUUCCACAUUGAAAACAAUUUCUGAGGACUUCUGUCCAUUUUUUUCCAUGCAUAUGGACAUAGUUUUGUUUCUUUUUCAUGUCAGACUUUUUUGUUUGCAGUUUGUAAACAACUACUUUUGCUUCUGCCUUUUCUACUCUAUUCUUUAUUAUACCCAUGUGUAAUGUAGCACUGGUCACCACCUCUGAAAACAUGCAACAGAGUUUAUUUGCUCCAAAGCACUUAAUGGAAGCAAGCCUAAUUUGCAUUUUCUCUUUACAUAUUCCAACAUUUAAAAGUUAGCUUCAGAUUUGUUUGACAAUUACAUGGAAACACGGCUAAUGAAAAAAAAUGACCUCCAGUUGCGAUGCUAAAUCUGUUAUUGUUAGUACUACAAAGUGCAGUGAAAGAAUGGAAAGCUUCACAAGUUCAGCAAAAAUCAUGAAAGAGGACGGGGCUUAGUGAAACAGUCAAUAUAAAUGUCAGUCUAGAAACAGUACUAAAGGGGAAUUCCACUGAAUUUCAUAUUUUGAAGUCUUCUUCUUGUACUUCUUUGGGCAGUUUUGUCACAAUUAAUAAACAUGCGCUCACAGCCAGACGGAAGCUGUCCACAGUUAAACAUUCUCAUGGAGUGAAUGGAGGGGGGCAUUUAGGAACUCAGCUCCCAGUGAAAGUAUAAGAUAAGUUUCCAGUUGUUGACAUAAGAAGAGCAGAUUCCCAAUAAAUUCCACUGUUCAAAAUUGCCAGAGUAGCUAAAACAGAUUUGGUUGAGAGGUUUUCCCCUUGAACAGCUGGGAAACUGCUUUCAUAACUGUCACCGUAAGACACAGAACAGAAGAGAGUUUUUAUACAUAUCAUUAUCAUUUCGACUACUGUGUAGUUACUGUAUAUUAACAGAUUAUUAUGUUAGCUUAGUCGUUAGCUUGAAGCAUAUGUUAGCAUGACAGUUUCUUUUUCUCAUUCUCAUUUUAUUAACUAGCAAAUAUUCAGCACAUUAGAGCAUGCACUGUUAAGUUACCUGCAGUAUAAAGUUCAGAUUCAUCUCUAUUUUUCUAUUAUAUCUUUCAGGAUGAAGCAUUUAUUUACACUGUCAGUCUCCAAAAAUAGUUUUUUCUGGCACUGCACACCCUGGGAAGCAGAGACAGUGGUGGCUGUUUGUCUUGAUAUUGCUUAAAAUACCAAAAUCCAUGUUAUGUUUUGUCAGAUAAAUGUCAGAAUGGCUCAAAUCUAAAUGAAAUGACAGAAGAGAGUGUGAUGAUGUUGCUGCCGCUGAAUGCAUUUCCAAAUGUCAUACAGACACUGUCAAACAGACCGUAUGUGUAGCUGUAUAUUGAUAUUUGGAUUAAAAAAAUUAGUAAUAAAAUCCUUUUCUUCUGUC